GCUCUCGCGCUAAUGCAGACGGGGCCUCCCUCUCUCUAGGUCUGUGCUGGAACGACACAGGAGAGGCCUGCGACUCUGCCCCACUGAGGCUGCCCCGUCCCUGAGAAUUCUGCCAGCAUGAGGGCCGGCUUCCCGCACAAGCUGCUCUUCGUCUGCGUCUCCUCCUUCCUUUUCCUGCUGCUUGUCAUUGUCCACCACGACGCCCCCAGGACCCUGCAGCUGUGGCUCUCGGCCGCACCCCGGCGUGAGCCUGUCUCUGCGGAGCCACUCCAGGGCAGCCCCAUCUUCCAGUGGCAAGGCACUGAGGAGGAGAAAGCCAGGCACUCCAUGCCUGUGCCCGUGCCCAGCCGCCCGCCGGCGUCCACCAGGCACCCGCUGCAGGUCGUCUACCCCUACAGUUACCGCUUCCUCCUGAACGAGCCGGACAAGUGCCGGGAGUGGGCGCCCUUCCUGGUGCUGCUGGUGGUGACGGAGCCCAAGGACAUCGAGGCGAGGAACGCCAUCCGCCAGACCUGGGGCAACGAGAGUGCCGUGCCCGGCGUCUCCAUGGUGCGGCUCUUCCUGACCGGGGUCCACCCACACUACAGCUCCCAGCUGCAGCGGCUGCUGAAGGAGGAGAGCGCCCUGCAUCGCGACAUCAUCCAGCAGGACUUCCUGGACACCUACAACAACCUGACCCUGAAGACGCUGAUGGGCAUGGAGUGGGUGAGCAGGCACUGCCCCAAUGCCAGCUACGUGGUGAAGGCCGACAGCGACAUCUUCCUCAACAUGGGCUUCCUCGUCCGGGAGCUGCUGCAGCCUCAGCUGCCACCCAAGAAGGACUUCAUGACGGGGUACAUCUACAGGAACACUGGGCCGCUGCGGAGCAAGGCGUACAAGUGGUACGUGCCCCGGGAGGUGUACCCCAACGACACCUAUCCCCCGUACUGCGGCGGCCCCGGCUACGUGCUCUCUGGAGACCUCGCCAAGAAGGUGUAUGGGGUGGCCCAGACCCUCCGGGUCAUCAACAUGGAGGACGCGUUCAUGGGGAUCUGUUUGUACGAGCUGGGCGUCCGCGUGACCGACAGCCCCUGGGGCCUCUUCAACGUCUUCUGGCAGGAGUAUGAGAAGUGCCGGUUCUCCAAGCUGGUGGUGGUGCAUCACUUCGGGCCCACGGACCUGCUGAGGGUCUGGCCGGACUUCCUGGGCGGGAACAAGACGUGCCCCAGCUAGAGGGGUGGGGAAGGAGCUGGGACGUGUGCAGGACGCACGGGCAGGGACGCAGGCUGGGCAUGGAGCCUUGCCCAGACUGACACCCCAGUGUGUACACGCAUCUGCCGCUGUGUACACCCCCAAUGUACACACACACACAUCUGCCGCUGUGUACACCCCCAAUGUAC